GCUGCUCAGAAGCAACUCUUCCCUUGGGAGAAAUAGCGGAUCAGUCUGAGGCUCUCUCCCAACGCCACCCCCCUCCACCAAAAAAAAAGAGAAAACUUACUGACAACUUCCCAAACAACACAGCAAAAGGCAACUAAACAACAAUAAUAACACGAGCCACACUGGCUUCUCUGGGCAGUAACGGCCAGCAUUGGCUUGGGACUUUGUGACUUUCUCUACAAACACACAUACACACAACACUCAGCUUGUGAAGCAAGGAGGGAAGAAGAAGGCGAGCCAGGAGCCGGUCAGGAUGAGUCUACUGUCAACGAUCGACACCAGCGCUUCUGUCUACCAACCAGCCCAGCUCUUAAACUGGGUCUAUCUGUCUCUGCAGGACACUCACCAGCCGAGUGCUUUCGACGCCUUCAGACCGGAGCCGUCAUCCCAGCACCAUGAGUUGAACUACACCAAAGCUGCUGCCGACCUGGGAACUUCGCUCUAUUCCAACUAUCUCAAUAACUUUUCCCAACUCCACAGGAACGAGGCUAUUACCAGCGGGUUGUACAAGAACGCUUCUCCCUACGGUUCUCUGAGUAAUAUCGUGGACGGGCUGAGCUCACUGACCGACCAUUUCUCGGAUCUAUCCUUAUCGGCAGAACCCCGCAAACCCGGCAAAAGACCUCCGCCCAACUACCUGUGUCAUCUCUGCUUCAACAAAGGGCACUAUAUCAAGGACUGUCCCCAGGCACGCCCCAAAGGAGAAGGCCUGACUCCAUACCAGGGCAAGAAACGCUGCUUCGGUGAAUACAAGUGCCCCAAGUGUAAGAGGAAAUGGAUGAGCGGAAACUCAUGGGCAAACAUGGGCCAGGAAUGCAUCAAGUGCCACAUCAACGUUUACCCCCACAAGCAGAGACCCUUGGAGAAGCCUGAUGGCCUGGAUGUGUCAGAUCAGAGCAAAGAACAUCCUCAACAUCUGUGCGAGAAGUGCAAAGUUCUGGGCUAUUAUUGUCGUCGGGUGCAGUGAGUGGCUCACCAGACCUUGCAGCCACCAGCAUUGUCACCCCCUCCAUCCCCGAAUCCUCCUCCUCCAUCCCCCACAAACCUAUCAGCUUCCCUCUCCCAACACUGCUCAGAUCACACGUCCAGUCGAAAGAUGAAUUUAUCAAAAUCUUGCUCAUGACAGAAAAGAAUUAAGGGGCCUUAAAUUGGUAGAAUGUGACUCUUUCCUCUGUAUGUGCAUAUUUUCGGGUUGUAUUUAUAGUAUUAACUACCAGAAACAGUAUUACCAACAGCAGUUUAAUGUGGCACCUCACAUGGGGUGUCUUACCUACUGUUUGUUUACAGAGUAAAUCUUGUACCUUGUACCAAGAGCCAGUACAAGGGGGAGAACAUAAUGAGCUGAAUAGCUGAUAUUUUAAACCAAGCCUCUUCUGUGCCAUUACUAACCUAUAAGCUGAUAUUACAAGUCCACUUGCUGUGAAUUGUCACAUGGAUUGAGAGCUUUGAUCCCCUAGCUCUUUGUGUCAAAAAAAAGCUGGCAAGCAUCAGUAUUAGAGUAGUAACAAAAAUAUGGUUGUUGGUAAGUGAUUACAAUGAAGACUGACAAAUAUGUGUCUGAUAUUGUAGAGAUACAAGAGUAGGUUGAAAAGGGAAAGAGGCAUGGUUAACUCUUGGGGUACUGAAUAAUAUUUUUGAACAGUACACAGCACAUUAUCACAACUAGACAUACCUCCCUAGACAUCCACAUCAAAUAGCUGCAGUGACAAAAUGUAAUACUGUGAUUUGCUGCAAGGACUUUUCAAUCCUUAAUCACUGAACACUAAGCGCCUUCAGAAUUUAACUUAUCUUUGGAGUUCAAAAUUUUAAAUGUUACUUGUCUGCCACUUCAAAAUUAAACUUUUAUUGUUUUUUACUUUUUGAGUGUGCCUCCUUCCCCCCAUGAAGCAAAUGCAUAUUUCAGCUAAGCUGGUAUCUGGUUUUGCUCUUUUUCUUCGCCGUUCUGGGACUGCCUGCUAAAUGGUUCAAGACUGCCUUACUGAUUAAAUAUUCCACGUGUGGAAAUGCUUAGUAUUUAUUCAAGUACCUCUCCCCAAACACCACUGAAAUGCAGGGAAAAGGCAAGGGGAAGAAGAGAACACAGAUCUCAUGUUGUCCAUUAACCUACUAUGCACUGCCUCUUCUGUAGGGCUCUCUAUCGUGAUGACGGCAGAAGGGCAACUUUGCACCCUUAAUCCUCAUCCCCACCCUACCUCACACCCCACUACUCCUUUUGCAGAGUAGCAAGAGUGGUACUGCUGAAAAAGCAUGUUUUCAAGAAAAAAAAUUAUUCAAUGCAGACAUCAUAGGAGGGGCCAGCAUUUAGUGCCCAUCCCUAAUUGCCCAGAGGGCAGUUAAGAGUUGACAAUAUUGUUGUUGGUCUGGUGUCACACGUAGGCCAGAUCAGGUAAGGAGGGCAGUCUCCCUCGCGUAGCAAUAUUGUGGUAACAUCUGACUGCAACUUCAGAGAUUGAGACCCUCGGACCAUCUUGAACCUUAACAUUGAUGUUGUGAAGAAAUGUAAAUCAACAUUAAAGCCAUCAUUUCCUGCUGUCCCCCAAUUUAUUAUGUAUUUUCAGAUCUGCAGUUCACAUUUUCUAUUCUUGUGUGUAGAAUACUGCACCACAUUCUUUUAAAAAGGAGCGAUUUAUUUUUGAGAAAAAGCCAAUCGGUGUUAAGCAAUCAGCAAUGAAUUUCACUGAAGAAAGCAGACAAUUCCACUCUGUGUCAAUGCCAAGAUUUCGUUAUAGCACUUUGCUUUCAGGACAGAACCGAUUUUAAGUUGGGUUUUACGGUCAGUGGGUAAGCAAAUAAUGCUUGAUUUGCAUCACUCUUCCCCACAGAUGUUUGGUAGAGUUUUCUAUCUGAGUUUGCCAGAUAAAAAUCCAGAUCAGCACAAAACCCUCUGCAGGGGAUCAGGGACCUGGGAGAGCAGAGUGAGCAGCAGUGUAUCUGCUUUAGCAAUCAGGUAGAAUAUGAAGUCAGAACUUGAACCUUGCAAUGGUCAGUGGAAAAGUAAUUCAAUAUCUUAUGUGUGGAAAGAGCAAUAGAAAGGAAAUAAAAGAUGGAAUGACAAAGGGGACAGAAACAACAAAAAAACAUUUAUUAGGUUAUUAAAUGUUUACAAACUCAUGGACCAUAGAUUCUGUACUUCCAUAACUAAAAAGCAUUUCUUAGAUUUUUAAAAUUUUGCAGACCCCAGAAAUGACUGAACACUAAAGGAAUGACGGUCAAUACUUGUCAACAUUAAUUUUCAGUGCUAGGGAGGUUUUUGAGAAUAAAUAAGACUUAGCAAGCAUUUGAACAAUUAAUUACACUCGAACAGAUAAUCCUAACUUUAUGCACCAUAUUUCAUGCAUAUCUAACAUGCUAGAGCAGCAUUGUCAUAUUUGCUAUAUGUUUAAUGGCAAAUUUAUCAGCUAGAUACUAGUGUAGCAUAGCUUCUAAAGGAGCAGGGCGGCUCAAACAAACCUUCAGGUAAAGCUGUCUCCCCCCGGAAACUGUUGUCCAAUUCAUUCUUUAAUAAUAGUGAACAAUAAUAGGUUCACCAUUGCUGUUGCUGUGAAAGCCACGCUCUUUCUGUUUUACAUCGAUUAAUGUUCCUGCAUUUCCAUUAAACUACUGUGAGCAGUUCACUAUACUACGUGGUGUGUUCAUGUUGAAAAGGUUUGCAGGGGAAAUAGACUCCAAUUUUAUAAACGAAUCAGACCUGACCUGCUUUUCCUCUUUUUAAUUAAAUGAUUUUUAAAGUUUGAACUCCUCUGAUAAGUUCGAAUUGUCACUUGCCUUUCUAAUGCAAAGUGCCAUUUUUUUUCAGUGUGCCAUGUACUGUGAUCUCUUGACAAACUGAUAUGAUGGCUUGCUGAGAGGAAUAGUUGCCUUAAAACUUCUUGCAAGCCAUCAAAAUAGUAGAAGACAAAAUGUGGAACUGCUGGUGACAUAAAAUAACACUAGGAAUUCACUGUAGGUCAGCCAACAUCUGUAAAGGGAAAAAACAAAGUUAAACAUUUUAAUCUCUUCAUUGCCGAUUUUCUGACUUCUUCUCACUUUUGUUAAAAAGCCUGGUAUUUUUUAGACUUGUGAAGUGCAAAGCAUCUUCACUGCAGCUCACUGGCCUAAUGGGCAUUUCAAGCAUUUAUUUUUUCCCUACAUUAUGCAAUCUCUUCGAUAAAACAAACGGACUUUAUUGGCUGAUGUUUGGGUUUCUCAGCUAUAAGGAGUUACAAGUGUAAAUUAUUGUCAUGUCACUGUGUGAUACCCAGAUAGUUUGGCAUUUGUAAAUUGGAAUUGAGGGUUAAAACGGUUCUGAUGUAUGAUACUUGGACAUGUCUGCAAACAAAAAGACAGUGGUGAUGUGGGUCCAAAGGACAGGAUAGUGCUUUAGAAAAGUUAACACAUUGUCGAUUUGUAUUUUUACUGUUGCUAAUCAAACUAAAGAUUAAUUAUUUUGAUACACAUGUACACACAGGCAAACAUGCCCCACCCCCAAGUCAUGAACUAACACUGUCCUCAUGCAAAAGUCCAAAGACCACCGCCCCCCCCAACUUUGCCUCUCCCCCUACCUCCCUUAAAUUGUGGGGAGGGGUCAGUCAGACUGAGUUAUAGAAUAAUGUAGAGUACAAGUUCCAGCACAGUCCUGAGACCUAGUGCUUGGUCAGCCUUUAUAAUAAACUACUUCGCUAUUUGUAGGGAAAUUGCAUUGACAGAUGCUGGCACUGAUCAGUGACCCACAGGAACAAAUUGCUACCUGAUUUUCAGGCACUUUAUUUAUAGUCGCAACUGCGAGACAGACUGCACAUGUUGACGGGUGCUUGUGGCAGAGAGAGGGGAGGAAUGAGGUUCGAGCAUCCAGCUCCCUGCACCUGUGCUGGUGACAAAAUAUUAACUCAGUACCUAAAAGGUUAACUAAUAAAUACGUGCCAGAAACUGACGACAAAGGUAUACGCUAAGUAUGUGAGUAUGAAAAUGAGGUUUUUAAGGGACAAUCAAGAAAAAGAACAGUGUGGAGUUUUUAGCUAUAUUGGAUAUAUUUGCCCAUAUAUGAUGUAUUCUGGAUUCUGCUUGCAGAUGUAUUUAUCUUAAGUAUUACUGACAAUAUAGUCCUUUUGUUUGGAUUUUUAUACUGUGUGUGUAUUUUGGAAACCUUCUAGAUGUUAAAAAUUUUAAUGUUAACAAAUAUUUCUUAUGAAGCCAAGUUCCAAUCUAUCCAAGUUCCUGUUUAUCUUUGCAGUAACCUUUUUGUAUAUAUUCAAGGGGCAUGAAUUUUAGCAUCCUAUUGUUUUGAGUUUUUUCUUGAAAUAAUGUGGACUUUUUUAAAAAAAAAUUUUUCAAAAGACCUUUUCUACUAGAUUACUAACACAACUGAGAGUUUUCUUGAAUAUUUUACAAACCAAGGUUAUAGCCAGAAGAAAAUAUUAUUUAUCAGAGAAAAUUCUCUUUUUCUACAAGUCAUUGUCUGUAUAAAAUGUGCAACCGGAAUAAUCCAACUAGGAAGGUAAAUAAUAAUGUUUAAAACAGAUGAAUAUUGUAUGAAAGUUGGUACAUAAUUCUUGGGGAAGAAAAAGUAAACCCUUUUCAAUUCUUGAAGCCAUAUAUAAAAUUGGGAUGAAAAUAUUAUCAGUAUUAAUUAACCUGCAUUUAUUCCAAUGUUUAAACUAAUUCUAGUUUUAUUCUAUUAAUGCAUUACGGUUUAUAUAUGUGUAUUUUGGAAAAUAACUGCCAUCUAAGCUAGCAGUGUUAGAUUAUUCAAAAUAACAAGUAACGAUUGUACAUCUGUUACCAGGAAGACAAGAAUUACUGUUAUGUAGAAGAAUGUGCAUAUUGAUGUUCAGAAAACAUGACCAUUUAUUUGUUUGUUAUUAUAUAGGCAGAGACAAAUUGGUGUCUCGUCAGCAAAACACUUUGUGCUACCAUAAGAUAUGAAACACUUUUUUUUGUUGUGAAAGGAAGACUCAAAAAAGAAGUAAUUUUAAAUAUUUAAUUGGUAGAUGAAAAUCCACCACUGAGCAACUAUGAAACUGUGAGUUAGCCUUGUAUGCCUGGUCGACUGAUGUAUGCAAGAACCCUGUGCCAUCAAACUGACAAGAAGCAGACGGUUGAAUGGUCUUUCUGUUCAAUUGCUCAGCGCCAGCUUAUUUGAAGGACCGACAGGCUCAAAUGAGAGAAAGCACACAGACAGGCAAUGAUACCGUUUGAACACAUGGUAGCCUAGACUAUGCAUGUACAUUGCUAGGGCAGAUAUAUGAGAGCAUUUAAAGUCUUGUAUUUUUAUCAUAGCCUUACUGCAAGAGUUUAGAAGUUUAUGAAUGCUGAAGGAGUUUGCAGAAAAAAAAAGUACUUGAACUUAACUUGCUGAAGGAUUCCUUAGGAAAAAAACCUCUUCACUACACUUUCUUAUAGUUGUAUUACACUGACUAAUACUGUAUCAAGCAUUUGUCUGCUGCUUAAAGUUGUAGUCUCAAAUGAAGAAUAAGGUAUAUAUAUUUUGAACUUUCUGUAGACUGUUUGUAACCGGCAUGCCUUUCUCUGUUCUACUUGAUGGGAUUGUUUACUUAUUAUUUCUAGAUAACAGUGUUAAGUCCUUUUUGUACAGCUGUAAUGUGUGGGCAGACUCAGAGUAACUGGGUAAUGGAAUAAAAGUCCUGUAUAUGAAGUGUUAUGAACAGCCAGUUCAAUGCAGACAGAUGUUACCCUUUCUUAUUAAUGUCCAUUACAAUGGCAUUCCGUCACGUGCCUUAUUUUAUGCUGGUUAGUAUAUGCCUGCUUAUAGAACUUUUAAUAGUAUUUUAU